UCAGUCCAGUUUUCAUUUCGUUUCGUUGUCGUUGUUAGAUCUCGGUUGUGAGCGAGCCAGUUUUAUUCAUUUCUUGUCUUUUUAGUCUGGUGGCUGUCAAUGCUUUAUGUUUUUUGUUGUUAAUAAGUUGAACAUUAUUGUGGAUUUCACUUACAGAAUCCCGUUUACAUUGUAGAAUUGUAUUUAAAUAUUAGUAGUUCGUUAUCCAGUAUAAAUCUUGGGUGAAAAUGCCUGUUUUUCACACUAAAACAAUAGAGGGCAUUUUGGAGCCUGUAGCCCAGCAGGUUUCAAGAUUGGUUAUUCUUCAUGAAGAAGCAGAAGAUGGCAAUGCAAUGCCAGACUUGGAGAGGCCGGUCCAGGCAGUCAGUUGUGCCGUUGCCAAUCUUGUUAAGGUGGGCAAAGAGACCAUCAACAGCAGCGACGAUCCCAUCCUGAAGCAAGACAUGCCGGCCGCCUUGUAUCGGGUUGAGGGUGCCUCCAAACUGUUGGAGGAGGCUUCUGGCAUGCUCAAAGUGGACCCUUACUCGGGACCAGCAAGAAAAAAGCUUAUUGAAGGUUCUAGAGGAAUUUUGCAAGGAACAUCGUCUCUGCUUUUAUGUUUCGAUGAGUCUGAAGUAAGGAAGAUUAUAAGAGAGUGCAAGAAAGUUUUGGACUACCUGGCUGUCGCGGAAGUAAUAGAAACAAUGGAAGAUUUGGUGCAAUUUUUAAAAGAUUUAAGCCCCUGUUUAAGCAAAGUGUCUCGUGAAGUUGGGUCGCGUGAAAAAGAAUUGACACAUCAAGUACACAGAGAAAUCCUAGUGAGGUGUCUGGACCAAGUUAAAACAUUAGCACCAAUACUUAUUUGUAGCAUGAAAAUAUUCAUUCACAUUAUAUCACAAGGUGGGAAGGGAGCAGAAGAAGCUGCUGAGAAUCGUAACUACCUCACGUCGAGAAUGACAGAUGAACUUCAUGAAAUCAUCAGAGUUCUACAACUUACAACAUACGAUGAGGAUGAGUGGGAUGCUGACAAUUUAACCGUUAUGAAAAAAGCUCAAAAUGCAAUUCAAAGCAAAAUCCGAAAUGCGAAAGAUUGGCUGGAGGAUUCAUUGGCACUGAGGGGAGGAGUGGGUGAGAAGUCGGUACGACAGAUACUCGAACACGCACAAGCGGUUGGUGACAGAGCAUUACCAUCGGACCGGGACACCAUCAACAAGCUGUGCUCAGACGUCAACACCAUGACAGAGGCCUUGUGUGAGCUUAGGCAGGACAACAAAGGCACUACACCACAGGCAGAGAGCUUGGCGCGGGGAGUGCAGGAGAAACUGGGGGAGGUGUGUCGUGCCGUCAGUAAUGCUAUCAACAACAUGGACAAGCACGGAGCGGCCCAGCCUGCGCACACAGUGACCGGGAGACUGGAGCAAGCACAGCGCUGGCUCAGCCAUCCGGACCGAGACGACCACGGACUGGGGCAGCAGGCCAUCGCUCUCAUCGUCAGUGAGGGCAAGAAGGACCAGAGAAAGGUGGCAGAUGGUCUGCCCGGGGUUCAGAGGGCAGAGAUACUGACACUGUGUGACCAGGUAGACAGGCUGUCCCGCCAGCUCAGUGACCUCUGUAGGCGGGGGAUGGGCAACUCUCCUCAGGCCCAGGAAAUAGCAAGAACUCUAUCACAAAAACUGCAUGAACUGAAGGAAAAAAUCCAGAAUGCAGUUGUCAACAGAGUGGUGGAAGAUUUUGUUGACAUAACAACACCUUUAAAACAGUUCACGGACGCUGUGCAUGUACCGGAAGGCACACCUGGGCGAGAUGUGAACUUCAACGAUAAGGCGGCGGUGCUGAGUGAGUGGUCAACCAGGGCUGCACGUACUGGUCGCAUGGUAGCUGCAGGUGGCAGUGGUGGCAACAAGAAACUGGCAGAGUCUCUGGUGGCAGCAGCCGGGCAGGUGGAGUCUCUCACACCCCAGUUGGUCAAUGCCGGUCGUAUUCGCCUCAACUACAUGGAGAGCAAGGCCGCCGACGAACAUUUCGAUAACCUCCGGAUGCAGUAUGCAGACAGUGUCGCACGUAUCAGGAACCUCUGCGAUGAAGCCACAGAUUCUGCUCAUUUCAUCAAAAUAUCAGAGGAACAAAUGCAGAAGCAUACAAUCCUGUGCGAGGAUGCAAUUGCCCGCCACGAGCCACAGAAGAUGGUUGAACAGACAACGGCUAUCGCACGGCUGGGCAACCGUGUCCUGCAGGUAGCCAAGCAGGAAGCUGACAACUCCGAGGACCCCGAGUUCAUAGCUACAGUCAACCAUGCGGCCGAUAACUUGCAAGCUGCGAUCACUCACAUGGUUCAAGAUGCCAAAGCUGUGGCGAUGAACACACACAACGCAGCGGCUGUGUCACGCUGGAGGGAAUCUAAUAGAGCGCUGCUGAGCUCGGUGGGCCAAGUGAGGCGAGCCGUCACAGUCACCCCUGAUCUGAACAACCUGCACAUUCACGAUGACUGGGAGCAGGAGAUCCCUCCCCCACCACCACCCGCACCUCUCACAUACUCUCUGCCGCCAGAGGAGCCCAGCUUCCAGCAGCAACAUUACAGGCCUAAUUACUACAUGGAGAAAGAAGUAGCACCACCUCGUCCGCCCCUCCCUGGUGGAGAGAUGCCGCCCCCACGACCUCCCCCACCAGCUGAGACUGAUGAUGAGGAUGACAUGUUUAUGCAUGCUCCACUUCCAAACCAGCCAAUCAUGAUGGCAGCUCAUGGACUGCACCAAGAGGUGCGCCAGUGGUCCAGCAAGGACAAUGACAUCAUCGCCGCUGCCAAGAAGAUGGCACUGCUGAUGGGCCGACUGUCACAGCUCGUCAGGGGAGAGGGAGGCACCAAACGUGAUCUCAUAGCUUGUGCCAAAGCCAUCGCUGAAGCUUCUGAAGAAGUCACCAGACUAGCUAAAGAGUUGGCUAGGGAGUGUACAGACAAACGAAUGCGCACCAGCUUGUUGCAAGUGUGUGAGAGGAUUCCUACGAUUGGCACCCAGCUGAAAAUCUUGUCAACUGUGAAAGCUACCAUGCUCGGUGCUCAAGAGACUCUGCCCCGCUACGAGAUGGCUGAACUUCAAGGGGGUACAGAAGAAGACCAAGAGGCCACUGACAUGCUGGUCGGCAACGCACAAAAUCUAAUGCAGUCAGUGAAGGAAACUGUGCGAGCUGCAGAGUCAGCUUCCAUCAAGAUACGCACGGAUGCCGGUAUUCGUCUGCGCUGGGUGCGCAAGCAGCCGUGGUAUCACUACUAAGUAAGUUCAGUGUUACUCGUGCAGUGCCUUUCGUGCCAUAUCAGUGCAAUAGCUGUGCUACCACCGACUGCUCUUCUGUUGUUCUGCUAACUCCUAUUUUAUAAUGGUUAUUUUUUAACAAAAUAGUUAACAUAAUAAUAUAGAUAAAUCACUUGCACUACUAAAGUAACUUACCGUCCUUAAAAUAUUGAAAAUGGUAAAAAUACCAAUUUGUUGUUUUAUACAAUCGGGUUUUUGUUUUAUUUAACAAAUUUUGGAUUUAAUUUAAGAUAUAAUCAAUUUUUAAUCAAUGCAGUAAACAAAUAUUUUUAUUGUGUUAAUAUGAAUUAUUAUAAAUUUAGUGUCUGGCUGAAAAUUAUUAUUUUGAAACAUUUUUAUGUAUUUUAAAUGGCUGACGACUUAUUCAGCCUGAUAGUAUAUGAAGUGAACUACUUGUAAAUAAUUAAUUACAAAACAGGACAGAAACUUCAUAGUUCUUUAUCAGAAGUGAGACUUGCUGUAAAUUGCUCAACAGGUUUUCUUGACUGAAGAAUUCACCAAAUUUGUGAAAAAAAACAUUACAUAAGUUAAAGUUUUUCUUGAACUAGGAAAUAAAAAUUAAACUACUAAAUGCGAUAUAUUAUGGUUAGAAAUGGUUUAGUCUUCCAUCAACUUUAUUCUUCCAUUUUAGAUCAAGCUAUAAGUAGCCUACAAUUUACACACCACCUACUUGUGACAAUUUAGUUUACAGUGUUAGGUUAGUAACAAAAUGGUUUGUUCUAAUUGUCUGUUAUUCACACCUGUCAAUGUUACAAGAUGGCUUUAAACUGACAUAGCUCAAAAGGACAAUCUGGUUAAAAUUCACUCUUCUUACAUUUUAGACAAGUAAUGGAGCUAUGAUCAAUUGGUUGUUAAAUUUAACAACAAAACAUUGUUUGAUAAAAAUUUUAAAUUCACCUUUCAACUUCAGAAAAAUGAAUUAGAGUGAAUUGCAAUUUUUACCUUCCGUAACAAUUUGCAUGAAUUCAGUGACUUACUUCUAAUAUCAACUCCACACUAUGUUAAAUUAUUUUGUUUUCAGGCAAGCACAUAUAUAGUUGUAAAACUAAUGUAAUUAAGGAUAUUUUAACAAAUAAUACUGUUAACUCUUUAGAGACCAACCAAAAAUUAGACUUACUAACCAAAAAGGCAGAGGUUGUGAAGGAAACAGGAUUUUUCCGGACAUUUGCCAUCGUUCAGUGAUACAAAAAAUCAGUAACCGAGGUCAUUUGAAGCAUGUUGCAUAGUUUUACCAGUAUGAUUGUAACCCUGUAAAGCUUUUAGCUAGAAUGAAAAUUUUGUUGUUGGUUUAUUCCUUAUGAUAUCCUCUUUCAUAUCAUACAGGAACAAAAUGUUUAUAACCUUAUUGAUAUUUUUUACUGUAAGAGAUACAGUAUAUAAAGAUAACAAAUUUUAAUUGACUGAGGAGCAAUGUAAUAAGACGUAAAUUGACCGUUAGUGUCAAUUGGAACGGAGCAAAGAACAGGACAAGUUACAAGUUAUGCACAGUCAGCUCUUGUUUACAGCGGCUGAUGACAUGUGAAGUUAUUUAUAUCUCUUUUUGUAAUCAGACAGAUUAAUUCAAGAUACUGUUAUAUUUAGGUACAAUGGUUAAUAAAUAAUUCAUAGAUACUAUCUUAGUAAAAAAUUAUUUAUAUUUAAAUGUCAGCUGUCUGACAGAUCUGACGUUGGUCUCCGAUGGGUUACUAAUAGAAUAUUUUAUAUUAUUAUAUAUUUUCUAUACAAAUUACAAACAUAGUGGUUUUAAUUAUUAGAUGGAUUCAAUUUUUAGUAAUUUGUGUGGAAAUCUUCAACAAUUUUAUCUCAUAAUUAUGAAAAUUGUGAAUAUUAGUUUUCUUCUAAAAUAUAAUAAUUUUAAAUUGUGUACAAUUUAUGUUUUGUGAACAUUUAAGGAUCAGCACCUUAUUUUUUUUUAAUAUUCCGAUUUUGCAAGUUGAGUAAAAUAUUUGUUGCCUAUUAAAUGUGUUAAGGUUGCUGGUUGCAGACAUACAAGCCUUUUAGAUAAUGUUUUAUGUACUGAAGUCAACAUUUGAAUGUGUAAAAUGUUGCAAAAGACACUUGCCUUAGUUUUUAGCAAUCUAGUCUUUUAUCUGGAUGUCAGCGGUUUUACCUAUUUUACAACGAUCAGUGUUAUUCAGUUGUUUUGAAGUAUAUUUUGACAGUAUUAGUGGUUGUAAUUAUUGUUAAGCAGAGUAAUUUAUUAAUUUAGUUAUAAUUUUAUAAGAUUCUUUUCAAACCAAUCAGAAAAGUUCCACCAUCAAAAACUGCCUUUGUAUUUUCAGUUGUUAGAAUUAAUUUGUUAUUGUGUUCAUUUAGUUUAGUGUUAUAGAUUUUGAGAUACCGUUAUAUACGCCUCUUUGAUAAUUUAUGAUGAAUUUAUAUUACUGUGUCUUAGUGAAGAUAUUUGUAUUUUAUUAUUUUUUUUAUUCAUUGUGUUUAUCAGAGCUUCCCCACGAAAUUGAAAUCUUUAUUGUUGUAGUCCUAAUAAUGUUAUGGUAUUGUUAACUGGGAUACGCUGUGAUUCAAGAUCGAAAAGUUUACCUGAGGUGAUAACUCGAAUGAAACUAGAACUAUUUUCGUGAACAGUUUUACAAAAGUUAGUCCUAUACAAAGUGAGUUAUUGUAUUUUGAAGUUCAUAGUUUAUAACUAUUUUAAGAUAGCGGCCUUUGAGACAGAAUCAACUACUACUUACAGAACUUUAUACAUGUAGGCUAGUAACUGUAAGGUAAUUUAAGAGGAAAGUGAUGAAAAAUGUACAGAUUGAUUAUGUUUUAUAUACAGAUUGGAUUUUACAAUAUUUUAGAUGCAUUAAACAGAAUACAUUUUUUAAUUUGCUUUCUAUAAGAUAAAACAGUUUCUCGGUAGGCUUCAAUGCAACUGUUAUAGAAGUCUGUAAUAGUAAAAUCACUAUAACAAAUGUAUAGUAUGCACUAAAACAUAGCGUAUAGAUUAGUUUCGUGUAAAUUCAUUAACAUUCGUUAGAUUACGUGUUGAUUUUGAAAUGCUUCUAACAAUGUGCCAGCACAAUCAAAUAUCACUUCAAGCCUUAGCAUUGCUCAUGUUUAGACUGAUAGAAUGCUUUCUUUGUUACUCCCUACUCAGAGUUUAGUGCAUGUUACUUACUAAGAUAAUACAAGUUUGGCACAGUGCUGCGGUUCAGGAUUAAAAAGAGUUAUUUAUUAUUUUAUUAGAUUAAAUUUGCAGUGGAAAUGAUGCUGCUUUGGGAAACCACUAUAGUAGGAGACACACCACUGCAAGCCUGGCAGUAUGGGCAGUUCCGCACCCGUUUCCCCCCUCACCAUACAGUGUUAUAUCACAUUGUUAUAUCACCUUAUUCUCAGUAAGAAGCGAAUGUGACAUUUAACUUCAUUCCAGUUGUGUACAUCCAAUGGUGUAGUGUAGCGGGUACAAUAGUUAUCGUAUCAAGCAACGUCGAGCGUGGCUGCUGCUUGGAUGGGUCACCAUUGAGCGAUCCUGUCCUUGCAAGCAGCCCACCUGCCUGGCCAUUAGUGGUGGUUUGGAAGUCACCUUUAAGCUGUUUGUCUCCAGGUUAAGUGUUAGAGAGGGCUUCUUAGCCCUAACUUCGCCUGGUAAAAUAAGACUACUUUACAUCCGUUUUAUUUUUUGGGAUUCGACUAUCCCGCAUGUUUUUAUUUUAUUAUUUUUGCGUACUGUAUCUUAGUGUAAACACAUGUUAAUUUAAAUUGCGAGAGGUAAAGGAUUCAGAAAGAUAGAUGAGAAGUAAAUAUAAGCAAUAAAAUUGCUUGAUUGUUGAAUUCAAUCGAUUAUCCCAUAACUAGUUAUUCUUCCGUUGCAGCUGGCAACAUCGCACCACAACCCAGGCGUGCAUUGAUAUGUCUCAUGCUAUCAAAAUCAAAAAUGGUAGAACCAAAUCGUAUUAUUUCACAAAGUAGUAUCUGUCCAUCUUUAAAGAUGGUAUGCUGGAAUUUCACUGCAUUUCAAGAACACAAUUUAUUAUGUUCACAAUUAAAUAUGCAAUGCUGAAUCCUGAUUAAGUACUCACUGAUAAUUUUAACCCUUCUCUACGUUUAAAAUUCUUAACCUUUUCUUAAAGAUAUACACUCAAUAGAUUGGUAGGGCAUCAUUUUCUCUUUCCCAAUCAUCGUUGUCUUCCGUAAGUACUUAAUUACUCUUGCUCAGUAAUCCUCCUCCAUCUUCAUGUCUUCUAUCCCCUUCAGGCUUUCCACCAUUUUUUCUGUCUGAGCCUGAUCCUUCCAUCUGCACGUGCACCUUCAAAAUGACCUUUUUUAUGUGUUCAAAUAUGAACAACCGUUAAAUAUUGUUAAUGGUUAGCAUUACAUAACGCUUCACACAAAGAACGUUUUGUUAAAUGAGUACUGUAUCCUCUUUGUUCUUAUAAUUCACCCUAUUUUUUUAUAAUUUGUAGGUCAUCAUAGCUCAAUUCAAAACGACCCGUGUAGGCUAGUAAGUGUUAACACACAUUUCAAUGAUGACUUGGAAUCCUGAACACCAGUAAUUUACUGAUAAUGUGUUAGUUGUAAGAUUAUUUUUAAUGUUUUAGUCAAUCAGAGUUUUAUUGAUCUACGUUAAUGGAAAUAAAAUAUAUCUCAUGAAUGUCCUAGAUAAUAUUGUAACAAAAACAAUUUAAUUAUUACAUGUUAUUCGUGUAGCGAGGAAAAAGUUACUAACAAUAAUAGUAUUUAUAUUGUUGCUAUUUAUUUGUUAUAUUUUGUUUCUUUGUUAGUUUAACACAUUUUUAAUAAUUCAUUUGCAAUAAUCAUGUCUUCCUUCAUAUUUCUUUAUUUAGAUUGAUUCUGUAUACUUUAUCGUUUUACAAAUAAAUAAAUAUUUAAAA